AUACAGUUUUGGUGGCGCUCGGUUGGGGCUACACUGUGUAAAAAAAUCUGAGGGAUCGGCAUCUCGCAAUGCGCACCGUGUUUCGAGUGUGAAUGAAAAGUUUGACGGACCUUUAAGGCAAAACCGUCAUAUAAAAAUCCUUGUGCUAGCGUGUGACGGCCAGGCUCACCACUCCAACGAAUCUCCCUCGGCCUCGGCAGCUGAUUACGGUGGGUUCGCGGCGGGCCAAAGUGCGAGUCCUCCCAUCCGCCCCGUGCGCGCCCCCAGUGCAUUGAGUCGCGGUCGCAGGGGCCCCGACGGUUGGGCCAGCGGAGCCAGGCGAGUGCAGUGGCCAGUGAGAAAAGAGUGUGUGUGCUGGUGAAUCCAUUCAAGAUGGCUGCGCGGUCUAUACUUGUCAGCAGUGCCACCGUUCAUCUUGGUGCCCGAACGCCAGUUGCCAGCUCUGGUCGUGGGAGCGACGGCCACACGUCGCCCAACUAAACGCCACCACGCUACAGGGACAACCCGGACGCGGCGGGCAAGACGGUGAAGGAUGGGGCCAUGAGCCCGAGCCCCGAAGUCAUCAGGAGUCGCAAGUGCGUCUCAAGCGGGCCUGCACCAUGCUAGCGCCGCCGAACCCGAGGUCAAUAUGCGGCCAGGACCCGGGCUGGUCGUGAUGGCGCUUGCGUUUAUUUCGGGGGCUCGGCGAGGCACCACACAGCAGCUAAAUAGUCCCAGUCUUGCGGGCAAGUUGGGCAAAGGUGGAGACGACGGCACAGGGGCCCUCACACAGAUCAACCCCUGGCUGUCGGCCUGCGACCUGGCGCAACCCAACUCGGCACCGGAUCUUCAGGGUCAAUGCUCAGCCGGUACACUGCCUGUGGCCUGGGUGGAUGAAGGUCCUGGACCACCGCGGUGUCCAUCACCUUGUGCAACAGUCACCACAAUGGAUAAGGAGAGUAAUGAGAAUAAAGUGAAUAUGGAGGGUCGAUUCAAUGAUAAACAACAACAGUGCCUUGACUAUAUUGGCGAUAAUGAGGAGUCUAGUCCUGCACAAAUCUGUAAAAAAUCAUCACGUGACAUUGAGACCAAAUUACGUGCGUUGCGAUUGAGACAUUGCUGCGAACGUAGUGCAAUUAGUGCUUUGCAUAGUCAAGCAUUGGAAGAUGUACUGAACGGUGGUGCGAAGUGCAAUAGACUUCUAAGCGAUCUACUGGAAACCGACGCACUUGCGACGAGGAUCACAUGCGAGUUUACCGAAAUACUGGUCAGAUACGAUUGUCGACAGCCGUAUUCUAUCAUAAACCACUGUGAGGACUGCAAAGAGGCAUAUCGAAGAUGGGUCUGCAGUACAUUGAUACCUUAUUUCGCCGAAAUGAAGGACGUGAAGCAUAAUGAGACAACAGAAGGAGGCAAGAUUGAAGCCAAAUCAAGGGUAGACAGAAGUAUCCAGACGAAUCACAACAGAUUUGGUGAAACUGACGAAAAUUCACUGACAGAGGUUCUCAAACGAUCAAGACGGAAAUCGAAGACAGCGACUCCGAGGAGGCGAAUACGGCCAUGUCUGAGUGUGUGCCAGACGGUUGAGCAGAAGUGUCCCUACAUGCUGCCAGGCGAUCGCGCACCUGCCCAUCCGACCCAGUACGCAGGGGAGCCUACGUUUCUCUGCCUAGAUCCCAACAUUCCGGAAACUGGCGAGCAAUUCUACAAGUCCAACAAUGGACCAGACAAUUGUUGCUACUGGUACUGCGGCUCACCUGGCGAAGGUCUCUGUUCACAAUGUGAUUUACCAACAACCAUCCAGCAUAAGAAUAAUGAUACAUCUAAUUUUAAUAGUAAUCUUAACACUACUAAUAGUAAUCCUAACAUUAAUACGAAACACAAUAAUCAAAAGACGCGGAAUGACAUGGCCGACACGGAUACGCACGACUACGACGAGAUACCACAGCAAUUGCCCGUCUGCCAGAGCACCACGAGCGUGGCCACGAUACCGCAGGCCCGGUGCCCCAUUCCCUACUACGCGUCGCCAUCCUUCACCUCCAUGGCGGCCUCCGUGCUGGGGGCCCACCCCACGCCCGACACCGCGGCGCCGGCGGACGAGGGCAGCGCAGGCCGGCCCGGAUCGCCGGCCGCCGCGCCCGUGCCCAGCAGUGUCGUGCGGCUGGUCGUGGUCUCGCUGCUCGUCACGUCCGCCUUCCUCACGCACCUGCCAUGGACGAUAGGUGUCUUCGUGAUCGUGGACCUCGCCACGGCGCUGUGGAUCAGCCACCACAUGCCCCAACUUGCCGGCUUAUAG